UAGAUUCUUGCACGAAGUGGACUCUACAAGCGCACUCGCCCACUGAUCUUUUCUGGCUAUUUUCAUAUUCUGAAGGCCGAGCUUUGGACAUCAGUAAUGCUUAUGCUGCAUCAUGGUACUCACUGUGGCUCAGUCAACUAAAUCAGCUGGUGAUAAGUCGACCUUUUGCGAUAUGGCUGCCCUGCCUUCAGAUUUGGCUCUUGGUGAACCUUGGACUUUCCUCCACCCCACGGCGGAGUUGUGUAAUACUGUUCAAGCUUCAGUUUCCUUCUAUCUGGAUUCUUUAGCACUUUCAAUCAGCGAUUCGCAAUCUGCCAGACAGCGAAGAAAUAGGAAAAGGAAACGGACCGACGAUAACCAAAGCGUUGAGAGUCAUGCGCUGCAAUUACGACAAUUGUACGUAAAGGGUUUUACUUACGAUCAAGUAUGGCAACAAGCCGUUCGGAUCUUUGAUUCCACCACCACAGAAAUCGAGCGUGAUUAUUAUACUCGCUAUCUGGAGCCCCCUGCACAACGCCACGUCACUCAGGGACUUUCGCCUUCAUGCUCUCACGGUUCUGCUCCUCAAAAUGUAUCGUCAGAUCUUAGUGAUUCUGUUGACCAACAGCAGAACGAGGAUGGGAGCUUGAGUGCAGACGAUAAUGAACCUGUGGCUAAGAAUUCUCAUCCGCAUUCAAACCCUCAUUCGGACACCGAAGGGAGUGAUCAUGGACUCUCAGAUGAGGAGUCUACCCCAAGCGAAAUCGAAGACGAUGGAGGCAAUGGAGGAACUUAUCUGGAGGACGCUUUUGGCCUAAAUGAUGGCUUUUUCUCGAUCGAUGAAUUCAACAAGCAAUCUGAACAUUUUGAAAGACAAGACGCCAGAGACGAGCCCGCUGAAGAUACAAAUAGCGACGAUGAAGAGAUCGAUUGGCAUACAAAUCCAUUUGGGUUUGAAGGUCUUGAAUUGGAUAGGAAGAAGAGUUCAGCAAGAGCAGCGCGUGCCGAUGACGGGAACGUCAGCAUGGAUGACAGCGAAGAUGAGGGACCAACUUUUGAUAACAUGGACAUACAUGAAAGCCCAGAUUCCGACGAAGAGGGCCCAUACGUUCCAUCAGGAGUGACAAGUUGGGUGAACACCAGCGAUAUCAAGUAUGACGAUUUCUUUGCGCCACCUCCUCGGAGAGCUUCGAAGAAGCAGUCGCGUUCUUUACCGAAAAUGCAACUGACGGACGACAUUUCGGAUGGUGACAUCGAUCGAGCAAUGGCUGAUGUCCGCCGAGAUUUAUUCGAGGACGAAAUCGAGGACGACGAGGACGAGGACGACGUCCCUGAUAAUGCCCGUGAAUCGCGAAUCCACUUUUCUAGCCACGAGAAGCAACGUGCCAGAAUUGCCGAUGAAAUUCGUCGCUUGGAGCAGGCCAAUGUUGCGAAGAAGGAGUGGAUGGUUAGCGGUGAAGCUCGAGCAAUCGAGAGACCUGUUAAUUCUCUCAUUGAAGAAGACCUAGACUUUGAGCGGAUAGGCAAGCCUGUGCCUGUUGUCACGGCAGAGUUGACGAGUAGUAUUGAAGACUUGGUCAAGCAACGAAUCCUUGCAAAACAGUUUGAUGAAGUGAUACGUCGUCGUCCUGGAGUUAUCGACAAAACGAGCACAGAACGAUCGAAGGUCGAGCUUGAGGAUACGAAGCCUCAACAGAGUCUCGCUGAACUUUACGAAGCUGACCACUUACGAUCGAGCGAUCCCAGCUAUGUUGACCCCAAGAAACAAAAAUUGAUGCGCGAGCAUACUACUGUCACUAGCCUCUGGGAAGAAAUCAGCUCCCAGUUGGACACACUUUCUAAUUGGCAUUACAAGCCGAAGUCUCCACAGGCCAGUAUCAGCGUGGUUACUGAUGUGGCAACUAUCACCAUGGAAGAUGCUCAACCGGCAACCAUCAACGGGGUCAGUGGGCUCGCGGCACUUGCUCCACAGGAGAUUUAUGCUCCUGGUGACGAUGGUAGAGUAUCUGGAGAGUUGAAUUUGACAAACGGAGUGUCAAUUGCGAAGGAAGAGAUGACCCGUGAACAAAAGGCAAAACUGAGGCGAGAGCGCAAAAAGCAAAAGCACGGUCCUACAGCGAGCAAGCAACAAUCCGGGAAAGCGGCAGAGGCUCAGAAACUCAUUUCUGAUCUCAAGAAGGGCGGGGUCAAGGUCAUUGGAAAGCAAGGAGAAUUUACUGAUAUCCAAGGGAAUAGACUCGGAGAAGCCGCGAAGGAUAGGAGCCACUCCUUGAAAUUGUAGUGUUGUUUCAAGAAAGUGGUUUGUACUUUACUCGAGUAACUUACUAGACACUGUACGUUUGGUACAAUUCUCAUUCAAGC